CGAUAAGAGGAUCUCUGAGGAGAUUUUAGCGACCUUUCUUCUGGUUAGCCAAGCAGCCAAACAGAGCAAAGUCCAUCUUUAUCUUUACUGUGUACAAACGGCUGCUUCGCUGCAGUUCGAACGUCACUUCUUGCAAAAUCGUCACUUUGGUAUAAAUUGUGUUUUCCGGGCCCUGAGAAAACCCAUUUUCGCUGGCAAAAAGUGCCCCAAAUCCGCGAUACGGGCUGAAAGUGGGCCGACUUGGGCGCGUUUCGGGCAGAUGAGCACUUUCUCGGCCGAGGGGCGCUCGUCGUCGUCGGGCAUGGACUGGAUCUGCAGCGAUCCGGACUGUAAGAACCUGAACUUCGCGCGGCGCACGCACUGCAACCGCUGCCAGCGCGAGCGGGCGCUGGAUGGGGCGGCGAAGAAGAAGCUGGGCACGGAGAUAGGCAAGGCGGCGGCGGAGAAGAGCCGCGGGCUGUUCAGCGCCGAAGACUGGCAGUGCAGCAAGUGUGCCAAUGUGAACUGGGCCCGCCGCCAGACCUGCAACAUGUGCAACAGCCCCAAGUUCUGCGACGUGGAGGAGCGCACCGGCUACGGCGGCGGCUACAACGACCGCGGCGUGGUAGAGUACAAGGAGCGCGCAGAAUCCGACGACGAGUACGAUGAGUUCGGGCGGCGACGACGCAAGGAGCGGCCGCCGCGCAAGGCCCGCCGCACGCCGCCGCCGGCCGAGAGCGACGACGACGAGGAGGACGAGGGCGGGGAUCUGUCCAAAUACGACCUGUGGGGCUCGGACAAGGAGGACGCGAAACGGUCCCGCUCCAAGUCUUCUAGCCGCUCAUCGCAGCGCCGCCGGCGCUCGUCCUCGCGCUCCUCCAGCAGCUCCAGCUCCUCCCGGCGGCGCGGUCGCCGGCGCCGCCACUCGCGCUCCCGCAGCCGCAGCCGCUCGCCCAAAUACUCACGCCGGCGCUGACUCGCCGCGCACCGAACUGUCUAACCAUCGGCGGGGCGGCGCAUUCUAGUGAUUGUUUUGAGAGUAUUUCCACCCCCCUUUCCUCAUUGCGCUGUUUUCCAGACUUAGACGACGGACUUUAUCGUUUAUCGGGUUGAUUGCGCUUCGCAUUAUAUUAAUCACUGUAAGCACAACAUUUUGCACUCUCAAGACGCGAAUGUUAGGAGAUAAUUAUUGAAUAAUUCCACUACAGUCAAAU